AUGCGAGCGAACGUACCUGAGAAAGUCUCAGUGAACGGCAUUCAACAAUCCGCCGAUCACGCGAGAGCUUUUCCGAGCAGAGCAGAGGCGAGAGUCGCUGAUUGGAAUUCGUUUCCGUCAAAGAGUUAUGUGGAGAAGUGCAAAAGGAGUUUCCAGGCAUUCUCUCUAACUCAUAUCCCAAGGACGAAGAACACGAAGGCGGACAAGUUAGCACGGAGUACUCGAGAUCAACCUUAUGACGUGUAUUAUGCCCCAAAGAAAGGAGUGAAGGUGGUUGCUGCCAAGAAGAAGACGGAGAAAGUUACGAACCCUCUAUUCGAGAGAAGGCCGAAGCAAUUCGGAAUCGGUGGAGCUUUGCCUCCGAAGAAGGACCUAACCAGGUACAUCAAAUGGCCAAAGUCAAUCCGUCUUCAAAGGCAGAAGAGGAUCCUUAAGCAGAGGUUGAAGGUCCCUCCAGCUCUCAACCAAUUCACCAAGACUCUUGACAAGAAUCUUGCGACCAACCUCUUCAAGUUGUGUCUCAAGUAUAGGCCAGAAGACAAGGCUGCAAAGAAAGAGCGUCUUGUGAAGAAGGCUCAAGCAGAAGCUGAGGGAAAGCCAUCUGAAUCGAAGAAGCCUAUUGUUGUCAAGUACGGGCUCAACCAUGUGACCUACCUGAUCGAGCAGAACAAGGCACAGCUUGUUAUCAUCGCUCACGAUGUCGACCCUAUUGAGUUGGUCGUCUGGUUGCCUGCUCUCUGUAGGAAGAUGGAAGUCCCUUACUGCAUUGUCAAGGGCAAAUCUCGUCUUGGAGCGGUUGUUCACCAGAAGACUGCUUCUUGCUUGUGUUUGACCACUGUCAAGAACGAGGACAAGCUUGAGUUCAGCAAAAUCCUUGAAGCCAUCAAGGCGAACUUCAAUGACAAGUACGACGAGUACAGGAAGAAGUGGGGAGGAGGCAUUAUGGGUUCCAAAUCUCAGGCUAAGACAAAGGCCAAGGAAAGAGUCCUUGCAAAGGAGGCUGCCCAGAGAUUGAACUAA